AUGACAACACCCACCACUACCUCAACACCUCCACCAUCAACACCACCACCACCCACGCCCACUGGAAGUAUGACAAGAUUAUCGGCAUCAUCAGUUGCAUCACAACUUAGAAAAAUGUCAUCUUCAAGCACAACUGCUGCCGGUGCACCACCUAACAACCUUCAUUCAUCAUCAUCAACUCCUAAUCAACAACAAAAUAAUAAUAAUAGUCAAUCAAAUAAUAAUAGUCAAGGUAUAAAUAGUAAUAGGGUUGGAUCUACACCACCUCCACCUCCACCGCAAUCCGCCAAACCAACCUAUCUAUCGAGUAACAGUGAUGACGUUGGACAAGCAUCGCCAAAAUUGAACAGCAACAGCAGCAGCGGCACAACAUCACCAUUACCAGUAUCACAAUUUGGCAAAUCAUCACCAGUAAAUACACCACCACUCAGUUCCAGUGGAAAUCAUACUUUUAAAAAGAUUCCCAGUGUAAAUCUAUCGUCUUCCUACGGCACACUUCCACAUUCCUCCUCAGCGCACACCUCAUCACCUUCACCGUCACCCAUACAAAACAAUAAUUUUUUCAAAAAACCAGCAGCACCAGCAACACCACCAUCGACACCCACCUACAAAAAGACACUACAACACUCGGCCAGUACCAAUAAUCUUACUUCGUCGACACCAACACUUCCCACCUAUAGCAACAACAAUUCACCACGCUCUCAGACUCCACCGAUUCCACUGUCGUCGGAAGGAUUGACGCGUCCCAUCGCCAAAAAACCUGCACUGCCACCGAGAGACGCCAGCUUCAACCAAACACCUGGUUCGAACCAGAGCAACAGUAUAUCGAUACCGAAACGAGGUGGUGUACUGCCUAAACCGGUGGCCAUGACACCAACAUCGACGAUCAAUGCAAAGAAAUUCCUCAAAACGGUGAUCAUAGAGAAGGAAGAAGACAACAGCAGCGAUGAAGAGGAUGAUGAAACCAUUUCAUCGUCGUCGUCGUCAUCGACCACUCCAACAACACCAAGAUCAACAACUUCCACACCAACAACAAACAACAAACCAAACAACAAUAAUAGCGCCAAUUCAUCUGCAACCAACACACCAACAACAGGAUCACCAGUUACAUCUUCACCAUCAUCACCAGCCCUAUCUUCCAAAAAUAAUAAUAAUAAUAACAAAACAACAACUACUACUACCACCACCACUUCAACUGCCAAUGCAUCAAGCUCAUCUACAACAACAACAACAGCAUCAGCAAAAACAGGAAGUGCAGCAGACAUGACUCAAAGAAACUAUCUUGCUCAAGAGAUUCUAUCGACAGAGAAGAAAUAUAUAAAUAAUUUAAAUAGAAUUAUAACUAUAUUCGUUUUACCUCUAAGAGAUAAAUCAAAUUCAAAAGACAAAAUACUUUCAGUCGAUGAGAUCAAUAGUAUCUUUAUGAAUAUUGAUACUAUAUUUAAUAUUCACAAGACAUUUUUUAACUGA